AUGCCUGAAAUCAAGUACACGCAGCUCGGCUCCAGCCUCGUGAAUCUGCCGCCAUCCAUCUACUCCCAGCUGGUCGCCAAAGGCAGCCGACCACAAUCUCUCGCUGUUAUCAUCAGACACGGCGACCGCGAGUACUACCUGGGCUGGUCUGGCAUGGCCUCAUCGAUAGCCACGCUCGCCAUCGAAGACUUUGUCGAGAUUGAUCCCGUCGUUGCGGCUGCCUAUCGACUCGACCACGGCGCAAACGUAUCCGUCUCGCUCCAUUCCUCGCUCCCCACUGCCAAGUCGGUGAAUGUGGUACCCGAUACGCCCGACGACUGGGAGUUGCUCGAGGCGCACGCCGAGUAUGUCGAGCAGAAUCUUCUUUCCCAAGUGCGUUUGGCCUCCACGCAUCAGCCAAUGGUCGUCUACCUUCCCUCCAAGUCCAGCAUGACCUUUCGCGUCGAAGCCACAGACCCUGCCACCUCUUUCUCCUCUCUUUCCCCCCAAGCCACUCCCGCGGUGCGCCUUGACCGCGACACCGACGUUGCUUUCGCUCCCAAACUGCGCAGGCCCCCGCCUAGCAGCAGUGCCUCUUCCACUAUCCGCCCCACUCCCACUCCCGUCGUGCACAGCCAAGAUGAUCAGGCUGUGCAACAGCUCGCGCGCGUCAUACCAGCGCGGGUAUAUCCACGCACUGAGCCCGGCCUCGCCCACGCCCAUCCUGCCUUGGUCCACCGUCUUUGUGGACAGGAGAACGAUAGCGCGACGGUGACUCUCACCCGCCUCAAGUCCCCGCUCACGCGCUACAACGACAAGAGAAAGCAAGGCGGUAUGGAAGUGGAGCCAGCUGGGCUGACGUUGGGAAUGGGCGGUGCCGCUGCGUUGAAGAAUGCCACUAGCAAGCCCGUCGCAAGCGAGCAAGAGCGGGAACUUGCUCUUACACUCACACUCUCGCUCGUAGCAGAUGAUACCCUCGUCGAUGGUCAUGUCGCCCUCCCGCUCGGCUCUCACCAACGCCUCCAGUUGAAACAGUACGAAUUAGUAUCGUGCUCCCUCUCAAACUCUCACUCAAACUCUCAAAUUCUAUACCACGACUACGAUAUACUCGCUCCACUUUUUAGUACUGCUGACGACGAUAUCCUCCCUGGGCACCACGCUCUGGUUGAAGAGGCUGCUGAUUAUCUCAUCAGCUCUAUCGGCAUGUCCCUGUCGAAACUGAAAGUGGAAUUAAAGGAUGGGUAUCCAGGUGAUCACUCUCACUCGCGCUCUUUAGGUCUGCUAAUUACUGGUGGAUCCAGCACAGGCAAGACGACGCUAGCCAAGACAAUAGCUUAUCACAUAAGCCAAGAUGUACGGAUAUUCGCCCACAGCCUCUAUGAGGAUGUAUCGGGGUGGGUGCAAGAGAAAGCUUCGACUAUAGACGAUAAGCUGCGGCUGCUACUCGAGGAAGCUCACUGGAGUGCUCCCACCGUCAUCAUACUCGACGGUCUCGAUGUUUUGCUAACCCCGGAAAGUGAAACAGACCAGAACACAACCCAGUCUGGCAGACAGCGCACACUCGCUGACCUCUUCGCUCGCCUCUUCUCACCUUGCAACCGCAAUCUGCCGCAGGGCGUGGUUGUGGUGGGUGUGGCCAGUGGUUCCCUCCACUCCGCCGUUAAUACCUCGCGUGUGUUUGGGAAGGAGAUUAAACUACUUGCGCCAUCUAAAACGACGCGCAGAGAGAUGCUGCUGCGACUAUUCGACGAGCACCGGAUAGCUGAUUUCAGCGGGGUGAAUACGCUACUUAUUGCCAGUGAAAUGGAGGGGUAUCUGCCGGUAGAUGUGACAAGUGUGCUGGAGAGGGCAGUACACCAUGCCUCCCUGACGCACGACGAAGAUGGCCCAUCCUCAACGUUACAAUUGCAUGUCGCCACGCACCACUUCGAAGCAGCCCUCGCACAAUAUCGCCCGCAAGCUUUACGCGGAGUGAAUCUGCAGCAAAGCAGUGUGAAGUGGGGGGAUAUAGGCGGGAUGCGCCAUGUGAAGGGCAUGAUCAGAGAGACGCUGGAGUGGCCGACCAAGUAUGCCCUCCUCUUUGACCGUUCCCCACUUCGCCUGCGUGCCGGCCUCUUGCUGUACGGUUACCCCGGCUGCGGAAAGACGGUAAUCGCGAGCGCGGUAGCGCGCGAAUGCGGCCUCAAUUUCAUUUCCGUUAAAGGCCCUGAACUUCUCAAUAAGUAUAUCGGCCAGAGUGAAGCUACAACAAGGAGUCUUUUCGAUCGCGCUAAAGCUGCGAAACCGUGUGUGCUAUUUUUCGACGAAUUCGACUCGAUUGCGCCGAGGAGAGGACACGAUUCGACGGGCGUUACAGACCGGGUGGUUAACCAGUUGCUGACGCAAAUGGACGGCGCAGAGGGGCUUGAUAGCGGAGUAUUUGUGCUUGCCGCAACGAGUCGGCCUGAUCUUGUUGAUCCAGCUCUUCUCCGCCCUGGACGGCUGGACAAGGCGCUGCUGUGCGAUAUGCCUGAUUUGCAGGACAGAGUGGAUAUACUCGCUGCUCUAACACGUUCAAUGCACCUGGACGCAGACGUCGACCUCGCCAGUAUUGCCGCUCAAUGUGAGCAGUUCACCGGUGCUGAUUUGCAGGCGCUUGUGUAUAACGCACAUCUCGAGUGUGUGCAUGAGGUGUUGGCGAAGCGUGAGGAAGUGGAAGCGGAAAAGCGGGAGCAACACCACGUCGAGCGUGACGACCACAACGACCACUCCAGUAGAGAAGAUGAAGACGAAGACAAAGCCGCGCCUGGAUUCUCGUGGAGCUUGCACAGCGAUACCCCUCUCACACGCUCCGGUGAGAAGGAGGUGGAUGCUCGCAUCGAGAGGCUGCUGUCAGCGCACACUGCCCUCGGGUCGCGCAGCUCACAUCCGCAAUCCCCACACAGUCAAGAGAAGACUGCAAAUACAACUGCGACAUCACCCACUCCGCACGUGAUUACGGCCGAGCACAUGUCGAAAGCAUUCGCUAUCACCCACCCGUCGGUGUCGAGCGACGAAAUAGCACGGCUGAGGGGCGUCUACGACUCAUUCACGACCGGUCGCCCGAGCCAGGAGGUGGGCAGCAGGAGCAGUCUGGCGUGA